AUGCAAGCCACACAAAAUAAUCUGGGUUUGUUUCGCGUUUUCAAACCAACGAUUCUUUUUCACGCACCUCCGCUGCCGACUCUUCAACAAAUCUUUCGUCCGCCUGAGCUGGGAAAUUCGUCAUCGCUUUGGAAGCAGCCGGUGGGACCACUUGGCUUUGCUGCUGCUUUCACUACAACGCCUCCACCCCCUGUUAAUGUCCAAGCGUCUCCGAUGAGUUUUGAUUCUCAGGCUGUUAUUCCUUCUCUUUGUGUCGUGCCACAAAAUUCUGAUCAACUGCCCAAGAAUUUUAAAUCCGGUGCGUCCGUCUUACAAGUACUAGAGGAAUCGGUCGAAAAAUCGAACGCUUGUGUCCCAAACUUGAAUGGAAAAGGAAGAAAGAAGAAAUACCCUUGUCCGUUAUGCGACAUACGAUGCAGCAACAACGGUCAGCUUCAAGGUCACUUGAGGAUUCACACUGGGGAAAAGCCUUUUCAAUGUACUUUUGAUGGCUGCGAUAGACGAUUCGCUCGCAACGAGGAAUUGACGCGCCACAAACGCAUCCACACCGGUGUUCGCCCUCACAAGUGCGAUAUAUGCAAUAAGGCGUUUGGACGAAAAGAUCAUUUAAGCAAACAUCAAAAGACACAUCUUCAAAAUUCCGAGAAAAAAGUAUUUACGUGUGUUGUGUUGGGUUGCGGUCAAAAAUACAGUCGCUCUGAUGCCUUAACUCGACACCAAUGGACUGCUCAUUCCCUGACAAAGGCAACUUCUCGGGCGAUCAAACGCCUGCCGCGUGAUCCGCAUGUCUUGAGGACUAUGAAUCCAUGUACAGUCCCGGCCAGUGGUACGUGGUUGAGCUCGUAA